UCCCUAGGGCAAGCUACAACGUGGACCUCCUUGUCAAGCAUGCCCAAUCGCGGGCAACUGCAAAAAUUCUCCAUUUCCCCAAUUACCAAGCGUCUUUUCCAUUGGAUCAUAUUUCCUGGAAUUCGUAUACGUAAAAUAGCCAAUGCAUUCUCUCUAGCAUACCCUUUGCAGUAAUUACUAAAUCACAAGCGGAAGCCCCAAUCGCUUCUCUUUUGACCGCAACAUCCCUUUGCGGACACGCGCCGUGGAAAUCAGAGCCGCAAGAUCGCGCGCUUUCUCGACCCGGGAGGGCCUAACCUCGCGAGACUUUCUGGUUGCUACGGAUACACGACGCUCUCAGCUGCAGACGGCGAGGAUCGGCUAAGCCGUGGGUUGCUUCGGAGAGUUUCGGUGAAAUCCUCCUAUUAAGAAAAUGGCUGAUCCAGAAAAGGAGGCAAAUGACCUGGCUGAGGCAGAUGCCAAAAAUGAAGUUAUAGAAGACACAUCUGUGACAACACAAGCAGAAGCAAAUACACACUCUGUAGGUGUUACAGCAGAACAUACAGAUAUAGCACAAUUGCAUGAAACAACUCCGCUAACAGAGCAGAAUCAAGACAGAGAUUUAGCAACACGUGAUUCAGAUGCUACUGAGGAACUGACUGAGGGGCUGUCCACUGCUGAACAACCCGUACAGGAGCCAGAAACUGCUGAGGAACGAGUACAGGAGCUGGGCACCACUGCAGAACUGGCUGCUACUGCAGAACUAGCACAGGGGCCAGCUAUUGUUGAAGAUUUAGUUGGGGACCUUGCCACUGCUAAAGAACCAGUGAGGGAGUUGGAUGCUGGUGAAGAACUGAAGAGUGAUAUGGAACUGGCUGAGGAACCAACCUCUGAUAAGGAACCCCACACAGAAUCCCAGGAUGAAUUCCCAGAGACUCAGAAAGAUAUUUCAGAUGUUCAAGAUCUUGGUGCUGAAGUUACACCAACCACUGUGAAAACAGGUGUUCCAGGAAUCACAAUAUCUAAAGACGUUUCUGAAGAGCAUACAGAUUUUGCAGUAGACAUGAAUGUGGCAGAAACCAUGUUAAUGGAAGUUUUGGAAUCUGAAAAAGCACAUUUUUCAGAAAGUACAAAAGAUGCCACUGUAACAGUUAAAUUCAUGCUUCAUCCUGAUAUCCAGAUUUUCACUAUGGCUUUUAACAUUAAUCGAACUGUGGAGCAAAUCAAGAAAUAUUUUGCAACACGAUUACAAAUGCCACUGAAUGUUUUACAGUUUAUGUUGUUAGGGAGAAUAGUUGACAAUAGUGAAACCUUAUGGAACCUUGGAGCGCAACCUAAUGGAACCAUACAAGUUGAUAUGUUCUCCCUUGAUGAGGAAACCUUUCCAAUCAAAGCAGCUAAACUCCUCCAUGAAUUCUACAUGGCUGAUGUUAUAACUGUUAGAGUGCAAAAAGAUGCAGAAACAUUUCAAGAUAUAGAUGUAGAGAUUAAAAGGCCCAGUUUCAAGAAGCCAUUUUUGGGUGGAUUUAGACAUAAGCAUACAGGCACAGAAUAUCACAAUGCGGGAUCACAGACAGAUCCAAAAAAACGUUUGGACAAAGAAUAUGAAGAGUUUUGUAGGUCAACACAGACAGUUGUUGAGAGGAAAAGGCUGCAACAGACAAGAAAUACAACUUCCACCCAGAUGACUAAAAUUGGUGUCUAUGUGACAAAUGUCACUGAUAAACUUAUAGAACCAAAACGGUAUGUGACAGCUGAAGAAUACCAUGCGCGACGGCUUAAGGCAAUAAUUGUAAUACAGACCUAUUAUCGGCGAUGGCUAGCUAAGGAAGUAGUAAAAAAGCUAAAAGAACAACUAAGGUUAAGAUUGGAAUGGGAAGAGCAAGAAGAGCUCAGAAAACAGAGAGAGAGGGCAGAAAAACUGCUAAGGGAGUAUAAUCGAAGGAUGAAUCCUAGAACAAAGGAUGAUUUUGAAUUACUCUAUCAUGCUUUAGAAUUAUGGAGGCAAGAAGAGCUUGAGCGCAUCAACAGCACUUUCACUGGAGCUGAACGGAAAGCAGCUCUCUGUGGACUUUUAGAAAAGGAGGCCCAGCUGAUUGCUUCCAUUGGAAGGCACAAAAUAAAUGCAGAUGAAGAGAACCAAGAGAAAGCAGUCCUGUUCUUUUUGGAAAAGUGUGCAGCACCAAAAAAAUGGAAAGCCUUUGAUGGCAAAACCACAGAGAUGGAUACACAGUUCACACUGCGUGCCAGGGAACUGCUUGAAAUUUACCGCAGCAUUAGCAUGAAGAACCUUCCCCAAGAUGAGCGUCUAGAUGUGCUGCUAACACUGAAGCAUACAGUGAAGGAACACAAUUGUAAACUCACACAUGAGAUAGUGGAAUUAAUUGACAGAGAAGCAGACCUCAUGAUGAGGGCUGUGAAGGAAUGUAAUUUACAAGGACUUCGACAAAGGAUAUGUACACUGUUUCUUCAGUAUAUUAAAACACCACUUUUUAACCCUCAAGUUGCUAGAUAUCUCAAGGUUCCACCAGAUCCAAUGAGGCUUUAUCACAACAUUCACUUUUGCCUUGGCUGCAAACGGUAUUUGCCUUCUACUGAUUUUGCCGUCUCUGCUAGUUCACACACUGUUGGCCGGUGUCGCAUGUGCUGCAAGCUGGAUAAUGAUGCUCGUAAGAGGGAAGCGUUUUUGAAAUACAAACAUAUGCUCCAAAAUCUCCGUGAAUCUGAAGUAAAUUACAAGGAUGGUGCUAAGAUUGCUUUCAUAAUACAGCAGCAAGACCUACAAUAUAUGAUUGAAAAUUUCUGGGGUUCUCAGUCAGUUCUUAGUGCAUGGGAUAACCUUUAUGACCUGGUCAUGGUCAGAUGGAAUAAAUAUCAAGAAUGGUCUCCUUGGAACACUAUUCUCCUCAGAAAAGAUGAAGCUGAGUCUCACCUCACACUAAAUAAUCUUGAAAAGGCUUAUGAGAUGGUGUUCAUUCAUAGGAUAAAGCACAAGCAUAUUCUUGCAAGGAACUAUUUCUCCCAGUUUCCAGAGCUGGCAGCCGCUCUACAUAGAGAUGACAAGCAAACCAAUGUAGAGGAAGCUUUAAUAACAAAGUCUUUAACACCUGGUCCAUCAAACUAACAUUUUCAGGAUAUAUAAAGGUGUUUGCUGAUCUAAUGCUUAGAAGAACUGGUC